AUGCCAGAAAUAUUAAAUAGUAUUUCAACUAAAACUUGGUUAGUUGUAACACAAAGUUGUUUAGGUGGUUUAAUAUUUGGGUACGCAACAGGUAUUAUUGUUGGUGCAAGAGGUCCAAUUGCAGAUAAAUUUGGAGCAUCAAUUCCGUUACAAGGUGUAAUUGUAUGUAGUAUAUUAUUAGGUGCAUUGAUUGGUUCAUUUGCUGGUGGUUUCGCUGCUGAUAGAUUCGGAAGAAAGCCAUUACUUUUAUUCACUGCCAUUACAACUAUUGCUGGUGCCAUUGGUUCUGGAUUCGGUCCAAAUGUUGCAACCAUUUGUAUACUUAGAUUUAUACAUGGUUUAGGUGUUGGUUCGUCUUCAUCAGUUUGUCCAUUAAUGGUCUCUGAAAUGGUGUCUGAAAAAAGAAGAGGUUUCUUUGGUUCAUUCUUUCAAAUUUCUAUUACUGUUGGUAUUUUAAUUGCAAAUAUAUUAGCAUAUGCAAUUGCAGGUGAAUGGAAAUUAAUGUUUUGCUUGGGUGCUAUUCCAGGAGGAUUACUAUUCAUUGUUUGGGCAUUUAUUGCUGAAUCACCAGUUUACUUGGAAAAACAAAAGAAGAAAUUGGUCAGAUCUACAAGUGGAAACGAAGAUUUAACUACUAAAGGCGGAGAUUGUGAUGCAGCUUCUUCAGGAUCUGUUAAAAAAUCUGGUUUCUCGGUAAUAUUUGCAAAGAACGCUAGAAAACCAAUGUUGAUUGGUAUUUUAUUAGCUGUUUUGGCUCAAUUGACUGGUAUUAAUGCAUUUAUGUAUUUCUCAACAACAAUUUUCCUUGAUGCUGGUAUUGAUGGUAAAAACGCACCAGAAAUUGCAGCCAUUAUAUUACAAGUUUGGAAUGUAUUAACCACUUUGAUUGCCAUUUCAUUUGUUGAUAGACUUGGAAGAAGAUUCUUGUUAUUCACCGGUUCAGUUGUCAUGACAGUUUGUGAUCUUUUGAUUGCAUUAUUCUUUGUUGUAUUACAUGGUUCUGCAAAAGGAUGGGCAUCAAUUGUUUUCUUAUUCAUUUUCGUUGCAGGUUUUGAAGCUUCAAUUGGUACACUAUUUUGGUUUGUAAUUAAUGAAAUCUUACCAGAAGAAAGUAAAAGUAUUGGUGCACCAGUUAUUAAUGCAUUCCAGUGGUGUUUCAAUUUGAUUUUAUCAUUCUUCUUUUUGGUUGUCGUAGAGUAUUUGGGCCAAUCAACAAUGUUUUGGAUAUUUGGUGGAAUAGGUUUAACAACUACCAUUUUAUUAUAUUUCAAUUUACCAACUUCAUUAGGAAAAACCAUAACUUCAAAUCCAAUCAACAACGAAGUUGAUACUAAAAAUGAUUCUGCCUCUCCAUCCUCACAUAAUAUUUAA